GUUUCGCCGAUGGCUAAACACAAUUCCCGAUUGCCAUGACCCUUCUUCCCCUUCCAAUCAUUAUCAGUCAACGCCGCCAUGAUUAACACCACCACCGCCGUCGCCGCUCAACCUUCUUCUUCUUCUUCUUCUAACACCGCCGCCCAAUCUCUCGGUCUCAAGAGCUUCUUCAAAACCCCCGAAGGCCGUUACAAGCUUCAUUACGACAAAACUCAUCCUUCUUCUCUCCUUCCUUACGCCCUCGCCAAGUCCAUCACUCAGAUAACCUUAGCAGACCUCAAGGAUCAACCAGUGCAAGCAGCAGCGAAUACGUCUUCGUUACAACCUACCUCGAGCUAUAGUGUUGCAAGUAGUGGAGUAAGAUAUGUGACAUCAAAGUUCUUAGGAAGCAGUGGCAAUGGGAGCCGAAUGCUUGGAUUUGUGGGUGGAAAUGGGACAGGAAGUAAAGCAAAUGGUGGAGCAAGUAAGAGCAGCCAUGUGGGAGGGUUGAAUAAUGGUGGCAAUUCUACAGGUGGUUCAAAUCCUUCUGAUGGUAAAGGGACUUAUUUGAUAUUCAAUGUAGGAGAUACUUUAUAUGUUACGGAGCUUAAUUCAGAGGAAAAGGACCCAAUAAAAUCAAUUAGUUUUGGUAACUCAAAUCCUAUCUGUCAUGCAUUUGAUUCUAAGGCCAAAGAUGGGCAUGACUUUCUGAUUGGGUUGAACUCAGGGGAUGUAUACUCGGUAUCAUUGAGACUGCAGUUGCAAGAUGUUGGGAAGAAGCUAGUUGGUGCCCAUCACUAUAACAAAGAUGGAGCUCUUAACAGCAGUCGAUGCACUUGUAUUGCAUGGAUACCUGAACGUGAUGGUGCUUUUGUUGCUGCUCAUGCCGAUGGAAACUUGUAUAUUUAUGAAAAGAGCAAGGAUGGUCCUGGUGAUUCUACAUUCCCUGUAAUCAAGGAUCAAACACAAUUCUCAGUUGCACAUGCACGCUCUAGUAAGAGUAACCCCAUUGCUAGAUGGCAUAUCUGCCAAGGUCCUAUCAACGCCAUCACAUUUUCAGCUGAUGGAAGACAUUUAGCGACUGUUGGUAGAGAUGGUUAUCUACGGGUAUUUGAUUUCUUAAAUGAACAACUAAUAUGUGGCGGCAAAAGUUACUAUGGUGCUCUUCUAUGUUGUGCCUGGAGUGCGGAUGGAAAAUACAUUUUGACUGGUGGGGAAGAUGAUCUAGUUCAGGUUUGGAGUAUGGAAGACAGGAAAGUGGUAGCAUGGGGAGAGGGUCACAACUCAUGGGUUAGCGGGGUUGCUUUUGAUUCGUAUUGGUCACCGCCCACUUCAGAAGGUGAAUCAGAAAAUGCAGUAUAUAGAUUUGGUUCCGUUGGUCAGGACACACAGCUAUUGCUUUGGGACCUGGCUAUGGAUGAACUUGUAGUGCCACUUCGCCGUCCACCUGGUGGAUCCCCGACAUACAGUAGGACCCAGUCAUCUCAUUGGGACAGCGUGGUCCCCGUGGGCACCCUCCAACCAGCUCCCAGCACAAAAGACGUCCCGAAGCUUGCCCCAUUGGUAGCUCACCGUGUUCAUUCCGAACCUCUCUCAGGCUUGAUCUUUUCUCAGGAGUCUAUCUUGACCGCAAGCCGUGACGGACACGUAAAGAUUUGGACGAGACCCGGAGUCUCCGACAGCUCCGACACUUGUACACCCACGAAACCGGCUACCACGGGUUUCAAGUAAACCGUUUUAGAUCGAUCAUAUUUCGACCUGCUUUUGCCUAUUAUAGUGUUGAAUUUUGAAUUCCCAUUGUUGUGUCUGAUUUUGGCGAAUGUAGAAUUGAUUUUGGCCGUUUUGAGACCAUCCAAGUAUAAUAUUUUUUUUUCCCAUUAUGAUAAAAGAAUAUACGAGUGUUUGGUGA